CGCCGCUUUCGGGUUGUUGAAAGUUCGAUACCGCUGAUUUGAGCACCGUUUCCCUUCGCAUUCGUGUUGUUGCCGAUGUCGACCGAAGCCGCUGCCGCUGCCGCCCCGGCCACCUACCAAAUGCCUGCAGGAUACGCCGCUGCGUCUACCAGUAAGCCACACAUGGAGGCAGGGGAGGGCAGGGGAGCGAGGAAGGGGGGGAUGGGUGCACCAGAUCUGACGGUAAAAGGCGGGGAGGGGUGGCGGAUGGACGGGGAAACACUGAUGUGGCUGUGAGGCGUGGAUCUAUGCGUUUUUGCGGUUGUUUUUGUGUGUGGUUGGUCAGGUGUUGAUCCCGCGGCUGCCUACUACGCCCAGAUGGGUGCCUACCCGGCUGCGUCCUACGGAUAUGGCGCUCCUCCCGCGGCGGGCACCACCGGCACCGCAGGUCAGGCUUUGUACCCGCCCUGUAAGCCACGUCACACCCCAUCCCAUCCCACACCAUUCCAUACCACACCAUACCGCACCCCACCACACCAUCACCACCACCGCACCACGCCGCCGCACCAUCACCGCAUCCGCCCAACACAUCUGUGUGUGUGUGUUGUGUGAUGUGGUGCAGCCACGACGACGUUCACCCCGUACCCGUACCAGGCUGGCGGCUACCAGGCGGGCGCCUACCAGGCGGGCGGCUACCAGACGGGCGCCUACCCCCAGUAUGACCCCGCCACCGGCACCUACGUGUACCCCGGCGCACCGGGCAAGAAGAACUUCAAGAAGAAAUCCUGCUGCUGAACACACACGGCAGCCCAUGAUACGGGGGAUGGGGGGAGGGGGAGUGGCCGUGUGUGGUGUGGAUGGAGGGGUGGGGGUAGCAGGCAGGAUGCGUGUGUGCGAUGUGAGUGAGGCAGCGGCGUGGAUGGUGUGCAUUGCAUUGCAUUGGAUGGUGUGGACGGACGGAUGGAUGCAUGUGUCGAAGGUAGGGUAGCCUCGGGCAGGGAUGCGGGUCAUAUACACACACACACGAUACGCCACGCCACCGGUUUUACUCUUUCCUUUCUCCGCAAACACAACACACCACAGCACCCCACCCCACCCCCUGUUCGUGUGUGCAUUGCAUGGCUUUGGCUGAGCGAGCGAGAUACACACACACACACACAUUAGCGCACCCAUGUGCACAUUAGCCCGCGCACACACAGACAGACAGAGAGGAGAUGACAUACAGACAGCAAACAGACAGACAGACAGACAGACAGCCAAGUGGGAGCUGCAUGCCGCAGCGAGAGAGAGAGCCCGCCUCUCUCUGAGAACAGACCGACGUAGAUACGAUACCCACGAAUGGCUGUGUGGAUUCUCAUAGCUACGCAUCGCUGCCUCGUGUUUUGUUGUCCGAGCUGCUGCUGUGUGCGUGUGUGUCGUGUGUGUCUGUGAUGAGCAGAUGCGCCUCACACACACGCACACGACACGCGCUGACGGACAAGAGAACACGUCCGAUGCAGAUCAGAUCUGCUCAGAUAGAGGCGAGAAACGCCUGCCUGCCUGCCUGCCUGCCGUUGAUUGAUGAGACACUUUCAUGCAACUGAUGCGUGUGUGUGGGUGUUGAUACGUGGCUGGCCGGUGGUGGGUGUGAGUGUCUGUC